AUGUUUUUGCUUUGGACAAAGCUAAAACUGUGCUAUUUUAUGUGUUGCUGCAUGGGUUUGUUGCAGGUUGGCAACAGCUCUCCCGUACUGGUGCUGGUAGCGAAUGGAAGUGACAUCACGAUUAAUUUCCCCGGAGAAAACAAUAACAACCGCGUGUUCAGCAUCGUCAGCAGCUCCGGCAAUAACAACCCAUCCAUGCUGGACUGGAUAGGUGGUAAUGGUGCCAACAAAGCGCCCACCAUAACGCUGGGAAGUUCGAACGCCCCUGUAAUGGCUCCCGAUCAGAUGACGGAUGACACCGGUGACGAAGAGAAUGCUGCAUCACCUUCAAAUCGACACGCAAGCUGGGGCCCGCAAGGAUUGAACGCAUACGACGAAAUCGAUGGUAUACUUCCGCUUGUAACGACCGUAACCCCUAAAAUUGGAACCAACGUCACCACCAGCAGCACUACUGCAUCCGCUGGCACCACUGAUAAGGUGAUAGCGGCACCGGUAUGACAAAC